UACAGCCCGCCGAGUCUGUUAGGAGAUUACACGUGGGCAACCUACUAAGUCUCUUGCCAUCGUAUCAAACCAACCUUUUCUGUCGCUCGCCAUGCCUCCGCCUCACUACGACUUUCUCAUCAAACUGCUCCUCAUUGGCGACUCUGGCGUCGGCAAAUCCUGUCUCCUACUCCGUUUCUGCGACGACCAAUGGACUCCUUCCUUCAUUACCACCAUUGGAAUCGACUUCAAGAUCCGAACUAUCGAGCUCGACGGCAAACGCAUCAAGCUCCAAAUUUGGGAUACUGCAGGACAGGAACGAUUUAGAACCAUAACCACUGCAUAUUACCGCGGCGCUAUGGGUAUUCUACUCGUGUACGAUGUCACGGACGAGCGGUCUUUCAACAACAUCCGUACUUGGCACGCUAAUAUCGAGCAGCACGCCUCCGAAGGCGUUAAUAAGAUUCUCAUCGGCAACAAGUCUGACUGGGUCGACAAGAAAGCCGUCACUGAAGAGCAAGGGCGAGAACUGGCCGACGAACUGGGCAUCAAGUUCAUGGAGACCUCUGCCAAAGUCAACGAAGGCGUCGAAGAGGCAUUUUUCACAUUAGCACGGGACAUAAAAACCCGUUUGAUCGACACACAGGAUCAAGGCGGCGACGCCGCUGGUGGUCCCUCAACCGGUUCAGUCAGAGUCAACAACCCCUCCGCUACUAGUACGACGCAGGGCUGCUGUUCAUGAUUACUUUGUCACAUACCAUAUCAGUCGUCUUAAUGAUGACCACUAUCCUGUUCCCAUCAUUAAAUAUUCAUUCACUUUAGUAUGGUCUUU